AUGGCCUCCACUAAGCAGCACUCCUGGGAGACCAGGAAACCCAUCAGUGUGGUUCACCGAGCCUGGAUCGAGAGAACCUUCCUGAAGAGAGAAUGUGUUCAGAUCAUCCCCAGCAAAGAUGUCAGCAGGUGCAGCUGUGGCCAGCUGGUGGUGCAGCACACUUCCAUUCCUCAAGGGGCCAGAGAUGAAGGGGCCCCUCUGGUUCAGCUGGAGGUCCAAGCUUCUGAGAGAUGGAGCGCCCUCAAACACACCCAAACCUCCCCAACGGAUGCCUAUGGAGUUCUGGAGUUCCAGGGAGGAGGACAUGUCAACAAGGCCAUGUACAUCAGGGUCUCCUACGACUCCAAGCCAGACUCCCUGCUCCACCUGAUGGUGAAGGACUGGCAGCUGGAGCUCCCCACGCUGCUCAUCUCUGUACACGGAGGUCUCCAGAACUUCGACCUGCCCCCCAAACUGAAGCAGGUCUUUGGUAAGGGUCUGAUCAAAGCAUCUGUGACCACAGGAGCCUGGAUCUUCACGGGAGGAGUCAGUACAGGAGUCAUCCGCCAUGUUGGAGACGCUCUGAAAGACCAUUCGUCCAAAUCCAGAGGGCGGGUCUGCGCCAUCGGCAUCGCACCGUGGGGAAUCGUCGAAAACAAAGAAGACCUGAUCGGGAAAGACGUGACACGGCCCUAUCAGACCAUGUCCAACCCGCUCAGCAAGCUGGCAGUUCUGAACAGCAGCCACUCUCACUUCAUCCUGUCCGACAAUGGGACCACCGGGAAGUAUGGCGCCGAGGUCCGCCUGCGCCGGCAGCUUGAGAAGCACAUCUCUCUGCAGAAGAUCAACACACGUCUGGGUCAGGGGGUCCCGGUGGUGUGUCUAAUCCUGGAAGGGGGUCCUAAUGUCAUCUCCAUCGUGCUGGAGAGCUUGAAGGAGGACCCUCCAGUCCCGGUUGUGGUCUGUGACGGCAGUGGACGGGCCUCGGACAUCAUCUCCUUCGCUCAUCGAUACUGCGAGGAGGAUGGGCAGGUGAGUGAGAGUGUCAAAGACCAGCUGCUGGUCACCAUCCAAAAAACCUUCAACUACAGCCGCAGCCAGGCCCUGCAGAUCUUCCUCAUGGUGAUGGAGUGCAUGAAGAAAAGGGGUCUGAUCACAGUGUUCCGGAUGGGAUCGGAGGGCCAGCAGGACAUUGAGAUGUCCAUCCUCACAGCUCUGCUCAAAGGUACCAAUGCAUCAGCGUCUGAUCAGCUGAGUUUGGCUUUGGCCUGGAACCGAGUGGACAUCGCUCGCAGCCAGAUCUUUGUAUACGGACUCCACUGGCCCCCGGCCAGUGCUCUACCGAGGGAGCGUCCUAAAAGCCCAGCAGCUCAGAGGCAGUCCGGUCCCGGAGGGAAAGGAAAGGCCCGGGUGAAGAAGGGGAAGGGGGCCAAAACCAAACCUGAUCCUCCUGAGGAGACUGACCCCCGUAAACUGGAGCUGCUCAGUUGGGUGAACUCCCUGGAGCAGGCCAUGAUGGACGCGCUGGUGUUGGACCGGGUGGACUUUGUGAAGCUGCUGAUUGAGAACGGGGUCAACAUCCACCAGUUCCUGACAAUCCCCCGCCUAGAGGAGCUCUACAACACGAAAUUGGGUCCUGCCAACACGCUGCACUUCCUGGUCCGAGAUGUCAAGAAGGGGAAUCUUCCUCCAGAUUACCAGAUCACACUGAUUGACAUUGGGCUGGUGCUGGAGUUCUUGAUGGGUGGGGCUUACCGCUGCAACUACACCAGGAAGAGCUUCAGGACGCUGUACAACAACCUGUAUGGACUGAAAAGACCUAAAGCUCUGAAGCUGCUAGGCAUGGAGGACGACGAGCCCCGACCCAAGGGGAAGGGUAAGAAGAACAAGAAGAAGGAGGAGGAGGUAGACAUUGAUGUGGAUGACCCUGAGGUUAGCAGGUUCCAGUAUCCCUUCCAUGAGCUGAUGGUGUGGGCAGUGCUGAUGAAGCGCCAGAAGAUGGCACUGUUCCUUUGGCAGCGGGGGGAGGAGGCCAUGGCCAAGGCUCUGGUGGCCUGUAAACUCUACAAGGCCAUGGCCCAUGAGUCGUCCCAGAGCGAGCUGGUGGACGACAUCUACCAGGACCUGGAGAACAAUUCCAAGGAGUUCGGUCAGCUGGCUUAUGAGCUGCUGGAUCAGUCGUACAAACACGACGAACAGGUGGCCAUGAAGCUGCUCACCUACGAGCUGAAGAACUGGAGUAACUCUACCUGCCUGAAGCUGGCUGUGGCAGCCAAACACAGAGACUUCAUCGCCCACACCUGCAGCCAGAUGUUGCUGACUGACAUGUGGAUGGGCUGCCUGAGGAUGGGCAAGAGCAACAGCCUCAAGGUGAUUUUAGGGAUCAUUGUCCCUCCGGCUAUCCUCCUUCUUGAUUUCCGACUUGGAGAUGAAGCUUCACAUCAUUCAUCCAAAGGAAGUGAUAAAGGAAAGACAAAAGAUGAGGACAAAUCCAGCAAGGAAGCCGUUUCAAGUGUUGACACCACGUCAAAGAAAGGAGACGAAGAAGAAAACCAGAAGAAGCACUCAAGAAUUCCCAUCAGCAGGAAGAUCUAUGAGUUCUACAAUGCCCCCUUCACCAAGUUCUGGUUCAACACAAUCUCUUACCUGGUUUACCUGAUGCUGUACAACUACAUCAUCCUGGUGAAGAUGGAGCGCUGGCCAUGUCUGCAAGAGUGGAUCGUCAUCUCUUACAUCAUCACUUUGGGACUGGAGAAAGUUAGACAGAUCCUGAUGUCGGAGCCGGGGAAGCUGCGGCAGAAGAUCAACGUGUGGUUGGAGGAUUACUGGAACAUCACCGACCUGGUGGCCAUCUCUGUCUUCCUCCUGGGUCUUCUCCUGAGGCUGCAACCUGAACCCUCCAUGGGGUACGGACGCGUCCUCUACUGUGUGGAUAUCAUCUUCUGGUACAUCCGAGUCCUUGACAUCUUUGGAGUCAACAAGUACCUGGGUCCCUACGUCAUGAUGAUCGGGAAGAUGAUGAUAGACAUGUUGUACUUUGUGGUGAUCAUGCUGGUGGUGCUGAUGAGCUUCGGCGUAGCUCGGCAAGCGAUCCUCCACCCAGAUGAGGAACCAACAUGGCGUCUGGCUCGCAAUAUCUUCUACAUGCCAUACUGGAUGAUCUACGGAGAGGUGUUUGCAGACUCCAUAGACCUUUAUGCGAUGGAGAUCAACCCUCCGUGUGGAGAAAACCUGUAUGAUGAAGAUGGCAAGAAGCUUCCUCCCUGCAUCCCUGGAGCCUGGCUCACUCCUGCCAUCAUGGCCUGUUACCUGCUGGUGGCCAACAUCCUACUGGUCAACCUGCUCAUCGCUGUCUUCAACAACACCUUCUUUGAAGUAAAGUCCAUCUCCAACCAGGUGUGGAAGUUCCAGAGGUAUCAGCUGAUCAUGACCUUCCAUGACCGGCCCAUCCUGCCACCCCCCCUCAUCGUCUUCCCACACAUCUACAUCGUGAUGAAGAGGCUGUGCUGCCGCUGCCGACGAAGACCAGACGGGGAGCACGACGACCGCGAGAGGCGACUACAGUUGGUGCUGAGUGCAGAUGAGCUGAAGAGUCUGCAUGAGUUCGAGGAGCAGUGUGUGGAGGAAUACUUCAGAGAGAAAGAAGACGAGAAGCAGUCGUCCAACAAUGAGCGAAUCAGAGUCACAUCUGAGAGGGUGGAGAACAUGUCCAUGCGUCUGGAGGAGGUGAAUGAAAGGGAGCACUCCAUGAAGGCCUCCCUGCAGACGGUGGACCUCCGCCUGGCCCAGCUGGAGGAGUUUUCCAGCCGCAUGAUGAAUGCAGUGGAGAAGCUGGCCGGGGUAGACCGGGCCGAGUUGGUCCGUACGCGGUCUAGAGCCUCAUCUGUGUGCGAACCCUCCUCUCUGCUGCGACACGGCAGCAUCAACAGCAUGGACGGAUACAGCCUGUACCGGUAUCAGUUGGACGCUGACGACAGGAUGUCUGUCUGCGGAGACGUGGAGGACAAGAGGACUCAUCCGAAUUUAGACACACAAAUAGGAAACUCUGAGGGAGUCAACACAGCAGGUGGUCUGAAGGACUUCAGUCCCACUCUGGACGUUGGUGGAACGAAGGACAGGACUCGGUCUUUUUCUAAUGUUGACAUCUUGAUCUCCCCAUGUGACCCCGCCCACGCCGGCCCCCCUCAACCUCAGGACAACCUGACGGACUCCAACAUGGACCAAUCGGGACAGAAGAGCAGACUGGAAGCGACGGUGUCAUUCCCCCUGGAAAGGUCAAGGGUCACGCAGUAUUCCUCGUCUCUGACCCUCAGCAGCCGGAAAUGCAUCAGCACCAUUAUCUGUAGCCCCACCCACCAGGACCAGGACCGCGUCACCAGUCUGACCUCUUCGCAGGUGAUGGUGGGGUCAAGCAGAGGUGAAGCGGAGGAGUCCAAGCAGCCCGUGGAUGAUAACCAUGGUAACGGAGAUGAGGAGGACCGGAUCUAUCCAACGCUUCGUUCCAAGAGUCUCAACACAAACCCGAGGAAGACGAAGAGGAGGCAGGAGGAAGAGGAGAAACCUCGAUCUGCUAGUAGUGUCAAAGACCUGGUGUCAGUGUUCAGGGGGGGUAAGGAGGCCAAUCCAAGUCCACAGACCCUGAAGUGA